AACCCAAAAGGAUACGCAUUUCUGCCCCCAGGCUUCAACAUUUAUAUAUCAAAAUGUAUUCUCAUCAGUGGACCUUCUCUUAAAUCCUUCCACGAUCAUGGUGUUCUCGUCAAAGAAUACUGCAUAUUGGGAGUCACCAGACAGCUAGUUGAGGCCAAGCUACUACUGAGUUUUAGAAGCGUAAGAGAUAGAGAAGUAGCCCAGGGUAACAAGCUCCUCUCAGUCUUCUCUAAUGUGAAGGAGUUAACUCUAUCUUACGCAAUUCUAGAGGACCUUGCCACAAGGGAUGAGCUUCCUUUGUUCAGUAAUAUGAUCAAGUUCACAUCGGAUUGGAUAAGUUCUACAACUUUUAAGGGCCUUUGGGGGAUAUUGAGAAGAUCUCCUCAUCUUCAAAGCCUCUACUUUAGACCGGGAUUUAAGUACUAUCCAGAAAAUGGAAUAGAAGAGUUGCUAUACCAAAUGCCUUCAUGUUUCCUCACAGAGCUCACAAAGAUAUCUGUCAAGUUUCGUAAUGGGAUAGGUGGCCCGGAAGAGCUUUUCAUGGUUGGGAUUUUCCUUAAGAAGGUUGUGGCUUCUAGAGAAAUGGUUAUCCUAUUUCCCGAGGACUGUGUGGGCGAGGAGAAUCUGUUGGAGAGUUUAAGCAAGUUUCCCAAGGGGUCAAAGAAAUGUCGAAUCUCAUUGCAAUCACAACCUAUGGGUCGAGAUUGGAAAAUCUUGUGGGAUUAAUUUAGUCUGUCGUGAUAUUUUGAUUCGUGAAAUGAACUUCUAUCGUGAUUUUGUUAGGUGUCUCUUUGUUUAGUUAUAUACUAUGUAAGUUUGAUGUAAUUUUGUCUAUAGAGGCACAUCAGAGGAAGUAUGCAAUCGAGAAUCCUUGGUCAGAAGAGGUUCUUGAACUAGACCUGAGUCAUGGGAGAAAGAAACAGGUAAUUCAUAGGAGCUUAUGUGAAUGAAUUGUCAUGAAUUUUCUCAUACAGCAAUGUCAAUAGAUCUCAUAAAUACUUGCGAAAAAUAAUAAUCAAUAUUGUCAUGCACAAUAAAUUAGUGCCUUACUCGUGCAUUACACUGGAUUUUGACAUGAAUUGUCUUUUAAAAUAAAUAUUUAUUGUUUAAAAUUAAUAUUUUUAGAUUGUGUCAUUUGGUAUGCCAGAAUGGAAUUGAGAUUCAUUUUUCUACUCAAUUUCCUUAUAUGAAGACACUAGUAUGAAUUAGAA